AUGGACUCUGAAGAAACAAUAAACCUGGCAGUGAAGUAUGCCAAAGAGGCCGUUGUGGAAGAUGAAAAGAAGAAUUAUAAGGAAGCACUAAAUUUAUAUAUCCAAAGUUUACAGUACUUUAAUUUUUUUUGUAAAUAUGAAAAGAAUUCCAAUAUAAGAGAUUUAAUUUUGAAGAAAAUGGAAGUAUAUAUGACAAGAGCAGAAAAUUUAAAAGAAAUGUUAAAUAAAAAAGAUAGUAUAGAAAAUAAAGAAAAAAUUACAAACACAGAAGAAACAAAAGAAAAUAUGAAGAAACAAAUAAAACAAUUUAUAUUAAAUAAAAAUGAUAAUAUUAAAUGGUCAGAUGUAUGUGGAUUAGAAACUGCUAAAGAAGUAUUAAAAGAAGCAAUUAUUUUCCCAUUAAAAUUUCCAAAAUUAUUUAAUUCAUCUACUCUGCCUUAUAAAGGUAUUUUAUUAUAUGGUCCACCUGGUACAGGCAAAACAUUCCUUGCAUUAGCUUGUUCAAAUGAAUGCAAUAUGAAUUUUUUUAAUGUAUCUUCAUCAGAUUUAGUUAGUAAAUAUCAAGGAGAAAGUGAAAAAUAUAUUAAAUGUUUAUUCGAAACUGCUAAGGAACAUUCUCCUGCUAUUAUUUUUAUUGAUGAAAUUGAUUCCUUGUGUGGAUCAAGAACUGACGGAGAAAAUGAAUCAACCAGAAGAAUAAAAACUGAAUUUUUAAUUAAUAUGAGUGGACUUACAAAUUAUAAAAAUAAUAUCAUUGUUAUGGGUGCAACUAAUACACCUUGGUCCUUAGAUAGUGGAUUUAGAAGGAGAUUUGAAAAAAGAAUUUAUAUACCCCUUCCAAAUAUUUAUGCAAGAAUAAAAAUAUUUGAAAAAUAUAUUAAUCAAAAUGAAAAUAAUAAUAUAUCAAAAGAAGAUAUAAAACAAUUCGCUACACUAACUGAAAAUUAUACAGGUGCUGAUAUUGAUAUUCUUUGUAGAGACGCUGUCUAUAUGCCAGUAAAAAAAUGUCUUCUUUCCAAAUUUUUUAAACAGGUUAAAAAGAAUAAUAAAAUAUGCUAUACUCCUUGUUCACCUGGAGAUUCAGAUCCUACUAAAGUCGAAAAAAAUGUCAUGUCUUUAAGUGAAAAUGAAUUAUCAUUACCUCCAUUGACUAUACAAGAUUUUAAAACGGCUAUAUCAAAUGUUAAACCGUCAUUAUCAGUAGAUGAUAUUAAAAAAUAUGAAGAAUGGACUCAACAAUAUGGAAUGAACGGUACAUAA